CCAGUAGCGGACGUGUUAGCAGCGUGUUCCGGUAUAUAACCGGGCGGCGGAGCGUCGGUGAGUCAGUGUGUCGGUGCUUAACGGAAACAUCAACAUGUCUGAAGACCCGUGCUCCUUCUCCUCGUUCACCAGGUGUGUCACGAGACACCUCAACCUCAACCUGCACGUGGACUUCGACAGGCGCGUGCUGAGCGGGCGCGUGGCGCUGACGGUGGAGGCUCUCGAGGACCGGUUCACUUCUCUGGUUUUGGACACCAGGGAUUUGAAGAUCGUUUCCGUGACGACCAACGGGCAGGCGGCCAAGUUUACGAUGGGCCCUAAACACAGCUUCAAAGGGACUCCGCUGGAGGUCACGCUGCCCUUUGACCUCUCCAGAGGCCAGCAUGUGAUCGUGGAGGUGGCCUAUGAGACGUCUCCGGUUGCCACGGCGAUGCAGUGGCUCUCACCGGAGCAGACCGCCGGCAAGACCAAACCAUACCUGUUCACCCAGUGCCAGGCUCAUCACUGCAGGAGUCUGAUUCCCUGUCAGGACAGUCCAUCAGUGAAGAUGUCUUACUACGCUCAGGUGUCUGUCCCUAAGGACCUGGUGGCGGUGAUGAGUGCCGUGCGUGAUGGGCAGCACCAGGACCCUCAGGAUGCGACCCGGGUCGUCUACCGCUUCAGGCAGCCGGUGGCCAUGCCGUCCUACCUGAUAGCCAUCGUGGUGGGAGCUCUGGAGAGCAGGGAGAUCGGGCCGAGGUCCAGGGUCUGGUCUGAGAAGGAGCUCGUAGAUAAAGCCGCGUUUGAGUUCUCAGAGACGGAGGCCAUGCUGAAGACCGCGGAGGAGCUGGCGGGUCCGUACGUCUGGGGUCAGUACGACAUCCUGGUUCUGCCUCCAUCGUUCCCCUACGGAGGGAUGGAGAACCCCUGCCUCACCUUCGCCACGCCCACACUGCUGGCUGGAGACCGGUCUCUGUCCAACGUGAUCGCUCACGAGAUCUCUCACAGCUGGACGGGGAACCUGGUCACCAACAAGACCUGGGAGCACUUCUGGUUGAACGAGGGCCACACCGUGUACCUGGAGAGGAUGAUCGGCAGGCGUAUGGAGAGCGAACAGUUCAGACAGUUUAAGGCGAUGGGGGGCUGGAAGGACCUGCAGGACUCGGUGAACACGUUUGGAGCCAACAACCCUCUAACGAACCUGGUCCCCAGUCUGCAGGACGUGGACCCUGAUGACGCCUUCUCCUCGGUCCCCUAUGAGAAGGGCUUCGCUCUGCUCUACCACCUGGAGGAGCUGCUGGGGGGGCCAGAGGUCUUCAUGGGAUUCGUCAAAUCCUACAUCCAGAUGUUCGCCUACAGCAGCGUCACCACAGACCAGUGGAAGGACUACCUGUUCACCUACUUCAAAGACAAGGUGGAGAUCCUGAACCAGGUGGACUGGACCGGCUGGAUGUCGACUCCCGGGAUGCCCCCCGUCAAGCCUCAGUACGACACGACGAUGGCCGACGCCUGCAUCGCGCUGUGUCUCAGGUGGACCAAGGCCAAAGACCAGGAUCUGAGCAGCUUCAAGGACUCUGAUGUGAAGACGCUGUCCUCCCACCAGCUCAUCGAGUUCCUGUCCCUCCUGCUGCAAGAGGACCCGCUCCCGCUGACUCACGUGAAGCGGAUGCAGGAAGUCUACAAUCUGAACUCCUACAUGAACGCGGAGAUCCGCUUCAGGUGGCUGCGGCUGUGUGUGCGGUCCAAAUGGGAGGAUGCGGUUGCCAUGGCGCUGAAGAUGGCAACGGAACAGGGUCGGAUGAAGUUCACCAGACCGCUCUUCAGAGAGGUUUAUAACUUCGAGAAGUAUCGAGAGGAAGCGCUCCGAGUGUUUGUGGCCCACCGAGCAGAGAUGCACCCGGUCACUGCUGGACUGACGGCCAAAGACCUGAAGGUGGACUCCACUCAGACCCCCAGCCUGUAGACCAGGACGCAGACCCCCAGCCUGUAGACCAGGACGCAGAGACCGGUCUGAAGAGCUGUACGAAUCAAAGCGGUUUCAGAACAACGAUGAUUUUAUAAAGAAAUAAAAUGUUUGAAGUAACAAAACGUGUUCAACGUUUCUUCAGAGUGAAAUAAACGAGUUCCUCAGUUUGCAGAA